GAGGACAGUCCAGGACAGAACCAGCCCCCCUGGUCUCUUUCUGUCCCUCUCAGAGCUUCCACCUCCCCAACAGGCGGAGUCUCGGGGGGAAACAGGAAGUGACUUUCUCGUUGUUGUGAUGUUUUGUGGAUUUAACGGUUAAAGCAGCUCGAGAGCCUCCAUCACUUCCUGUCGCAGGGGACGGAGUGAGCGCGCGCUGGGUGUGGAACUUGGACCGAGUCCCUGUCUGAGGACCAGGCUAACAAAGACUAACUGCUUCUUCUGCUGGUCUGGAUUGAGGAUUCUGGAUCAGGACUGUCUUCGUCUGUGAGAUGAACUUGUUGAAUGGCAAAGCUGUGACUGUGAUCCUGCUGUCAGCUCUGCUGCUGGGAGUGCUGUACUGCUACAUCUCCCAGUCCCACAGGGUUGUGUCCUUCCAGCUGCAGGAGAUAACAGCUGACAGCAGGUCUGCUGAAGUCCACACUGACAGUCAUGGCUUCCACCUGGUGGCUCCUGAGCAUCUGCGGUACAAGCAGCCCAGCAUCGUGCGGGGUCGUACCGAUGUGGUAUCGGUGACACCGUGGUUGGCUCCUGUUGUCUGGGAGGGAACCUUUAACCCGGUUCUACUGGAUGGCAUCUACAAACCGCAGAACGUCAGCAUCGCAGCCACAGUGUUUGCGGUCGGAAAGUACAUCAUGUUCCUGAAAAACUUCCUUGAGACAGCAGAGCAGCACUUCUUUGUUGGUUUCAAGGUGCACGUAUACGUGUUCACCGACCGACCGCAGGAGGUGCCUGAAGUCAAAAUGGCCACUGGCAGACAGGUGACGGUGCGUUCGGUUCCCAGCUCGAACCGAUGGCAGGAGAUCUCUGCUCGAAGGAUGGAGCUCAUCCAGACGCUGAUAGAGGAGACACUUCACAGCCAAACUGACUACAUCUUCUGUCUGGACGUCGACUCUCAGUUCCACGGUCGCUGGGGGACCGAGUCACUGGGUGGACUGGUCGCUGUGAUACAUCCAGGUUACUACACGGAUGACCGUAGCAGGUUCCCCUACGAGCGGAGGCCCCAAUCCAGAGCCUAUAUGGCUCCUGGGGAGGGGGACUUCUACUACUGUGGGGGGGCAUUUGGAGGCCUUAUGCAGGAAGUACACCUGCUUGCGAAAACCUGCCGCUUCAAUUUCGAGGCUGAUGCCAAGGAAAAUAUUGAGGCUGCCUGGCAGGAGGAGAGCCACCUGAACAGGUACAUGUGGCUCAACAAACCCAGCAAGGUGCUGUCACCUGAGUACCUGUGGCAGGACUUCAAAUCCAGAAACCCUGAGAUUCACAUCGUCAGAUUCUCUGGAGUUGUCAAGAACUACGCUCAGAUCCGGCCCAACGUGUGAGAGUCCGGACUGAAGUGGACUGGACUGAAACGGACUAGAUUGGAUUGGACUGGACUGGAUGAGCUGAAACCGCCGAUGCCAUGGUUUGGAAAGCCUGACCAUACCUCUGUACACCUCUAGGACUGAUUUAGACCUGUCUCUCACACCUGCACCUGCUCACAAUCCACCUCUUCUGGUUGACAGCCACAGAGCUGAAAUCUUAAUGAUUACCAGACUGGACACCACAGAAUUACAGACUAAAGAAGAGAGUUUUCUGUUGUUAGAGCCUGUCCUGACCCAUCCUGUCCCCCUUCCACACACAGGUCCUUUAGAUAACCUUGUAUCACUUCUGCUGAGCAUGUGCGACUCUCAUUAACUCACAACAACCAUCAGGCUGUGGACGUCGGGUUAGGUUCGAUAUGUUUUUCAGUCAUCUGUCCAUGUUCUGUUCUUCUGAGGCACAUAACUCUGAAACUCAGGUGAGCGACACUCAGCACAGUUCUUGAAUGCAUCCCGUGUUACGCUCUGGAAUGUCUGAAGCUGCUGUUUAUCUCGUCUACACGCCCGGUGUAGACGAGAUACCGACACAAACAUGCUGCCAGUGAGGAUAGUGUUAGCAGGAAUAAGCAAUAAGGAAUAGCCAUAAUGAACAAAUGAGUCUAGUUAUGCUAAUGAUACCUGACUAUCAUCAGGUCUCGCAUCAUGCAUGACCGCUACGAGCUACACUCCCCAAAGUGCAACCUCCACCUGUGCUGCCUGCAGAGCCCAAACACAACAACUUCAUUCUAAUCAAACCCUGAGUCUGACUGUUUCACCAUGUCCAAAUCUUUUCCUUGAAAACAGUGUUUAAACAGACAGACAAUUAAAGCAGGGAAGCUUAAUCGAGUGAAAGCUAGCUCAUGCGGUAGCCACAGGCUAGCCUCAGCUAAAGCUACAAGAAAAUGUGCCUUUUUCUUGCUAUGAAUGAAAAACAUCGUGUGAAUCACCAACAUGUUUGUACGUCCACAAAACUUAAUAAAGCAUCAGCUAAAGUCAUGAUGGUCCAGCUAAAACUGACUAGCUUAGCAGAGUAACCGAAGCUGCCAUCCCAGAUCUUGACUCUACUGGAAGUCACAUGACUUAAACAAACAGGACAAAUGUAAAAAAGAUCUUAUGAAGUCAAAGAGCUUCAGUUUAUUCACUCAGUGACGUUUCAGCCUCUGACAUCACUUCCUGUCUUCCUCUCUGGUGUUUGUGUGUUUGAUUAAUGUAAUAAAAUAAUGUUUGUUAAAUGAAAAUAAUUUGUUCUGCCUCAGUAAUAAUUUAUGAAUCAUGCCUUUAUCAAGUUUAAUUAACACAACAUAAUUAUAUGUUAAGAAUAUAUGAGAGGUGU